CGCCACCUCGGUCCCAACUUUCAGAUCCCGUGCGGGUCGCUCGGGGUCAUCUCGAUGAUCACGGUGGCGCUAUGGAUCCCCGUGUACGACCGGGUGGUGGUGCCGUCCGUGAGGAAGGUCACCAAGGUGGAAGGUGGCAUCACCUUGCUCUAGAGGAUGGGGAUCGGGCUCGUGUUCUCCAUCCUCUCGAUGGUAGUGUCCGGCCUGGUCGAGCGGAUGAGAAGGGCCUCUGCCCUAGCUCACGCUGGACCAGGCGGUACCACUACCCUAACGGUCUUCUGGCUGGCCCCGCAGCUGAUGCUGAUGGGGUUCGCCGAGGUAUUCAAUAUCAUUGGACAGAUUGAGUUUUAUAAUAAAGAAUUCCCGGAAAAUAUGACUAGUUUGGCAAACUCGUUGUUCUCGUGCACAAUGGCGGGGGCGAGCUAUAUAACUGCGGCGUUGGUGAACAUCGUGCACCACACAACUGCCACGCGCGCCCAUCCCGAUUGGUUGACCAAAGAUAUUAACCAGGGAAGGCUCGAGAACUUGUAUUUCUUGAUCGCCGGCUUGGGCGUCUUGAAUUUCGGAUACUUUAUUUGGGCGGCGCGUGGAUAUCAGUACAAGACCAAGAUCAGAAUUGAUGAUGAGCAUGUUGAGCUUGUUGACAAAGAAAAUCAAAAAUGGGCCAGGUUCCAAUCUUUUGUAGCCAUACUAGCCAAGAUUUAUUCAAAAGAAGAUUACACAUUAAGAGGAAUAAUGAGUUUGCAAUCAUUCAACAAUAUGUAUCAGUAA